CCCCAAAAUCCCAGCCACCGUCUGCACCCCUCCGCCGCCACCAUUUCUCGCCGCAAAUUCUUCAUGAAAUGGAACCACCAAGCUUCUAUGAGACCAGCAAUGGCCAUACUUCUAGAUCCCCUCCUCAAUUCAUCCCAGUUCCAACACCCACCCUCCUCCUACGCCACCGUAUUCCAAGCUUUCACCGGCAAAAACCUCCUCAAAUUAGGUCAACAGCUCCACGCACACAUCGAAAUCCGCGGCCUCCGCCCCACGCCCUUCCUCGCCGCCAAAAUGGUUGCAAUGUACGCCAGCUCCGGCGACAUCACUUCCGCCGCCAGGAUCUUCCACUCCGUCCAAAACCCCUCUCUUCUCCUCUUCAAUUCCAUAGUUCGAGCUUACAGUCUGUAUAAAUACUCCGAAGAGACUCUGCAGAUUUUUACGAAAUUGCAUUCCUUGAAUCUUCGCGGCGAUUAUUUCACCUACCCUUUCGUGUUGAAAUCAGUCGCGAAUCUGGAGCUUCUCCGCAUCGGCAAAUGCAUACAUUCGAUGAGCAUGAGAGACGGGCUGGAAUUCGAUUUAUACGUGGCGACAUCGCUGAUCGUCAUGUAUGUGAAAUGUGGGAAGCUCGCCGAUGCGCGCAGGCUUUUCGACGAAAUGCCUGUGAGAGACGUCUCGUCUUGGAACUCAUUGAUCUCGGGUUAUAUGAAAGAAGGCGCGGUUGAUUCAGCACGAGAGCUGUUUGAAGAAAUGCCAACGAAGAACAUUGUGUCGUGGACGAGUAUGAUAUCAGGUUACACCCAAAACGGCCUUGCAGCUAACGCUCUCCAACUGUUUGAUAAAAUGUUGGGGAGAGGCUCGGAUUUGAAGCCGAAUUGGGUGACGAUCAUGAGCGUUCUCCCCGCUUGUGCCCAUUCGUCUGCGUUAGAGCAAGGCAGGAGGAUCCACGGCUUCGCACGAGAGGAGGGCUUGGACGGUCAUCCGUCAGUGCAGACUGCGUUAGUAGGAAUGUAUGCGAAAUGUGGGAGCCUUCCCGAUGCCAAGCUGUGCUUUGAUCGAAUCAAUCCAAGAUCGAGGAGUUUAGUCGCCUGGAACUCGAUGAUCAGUGCUUAUGCUUCUCAUGGGCGAGGCGAAGAGGCAGUCCACACAUUCGACCUCAUGGUUCAAGAAGGUUUUCGCCCGGAUAGCAUUACGUUCACAGGGCUUCUAUCGGGUUGCAGUCAUUCCGGUUUAGUGGAAUUAGGGUUGAGAUUCUUCGAUUCCAUGAGCUCGGACUAUCAAGUGGAGAAAAGGCACGAGCACUAUGCAUGCAUUGUGGACUUGUUGGGGCGCGCUGGGAGAUUAGUCGAGGCCUAUGAGGUCAUCUCCAAAAUGCCAAUGCCGGCUGGGGCAAGCGUGUGGGGGUCAUUGCUGGCUGCAGGGAGAAGCCAUCGCAAUCUUGAGAUAUCUGAGCUGUCAGCCAAGAAGCUAUUCGAGUUGGAGAAGGAGAAUAGUGGGAACUAUGUGAUACUUGCGAAUAUGUAUGCAGAAGCUGCAAUGUGGGAUGAGGCGAAGGCGUUGAGGGCUCUGCAGAAAUCGCAGAAUGUGAGGAAGAAUCCCGGAUGCAGUUGGGUUGAGAAUGACGGGAAUGCUAUUAUUUUUCUUGGUGGCGAUGAUAUUUCAUCAAAUCCUCAAACAGUAGAGAUUUGAUUUGCCUUUUUCUAGCACGAUGUACUGGGAUAUUAAACAAGCGCCCAGGGCAGUUUUGCGCGUAACGUAGAACCUUAGGGGACCACCACCAACGCGUUCAAAUUGGUGUUGAAGGCGUAUGAGAGGGAGAGAUUGUGGUGAUGGAUGUGAAUCAGUUUCAUCGUUUGGAGGAGGGGAGGUGCUCUACUGCUGAGGGAGAUAUGAAGGAUGCAUUUUGAAGAAUUUUUUGUGGCGGAGAUUUUGAGAGUUGGUUGCCACCAUUUGAAGGGUUUUUUGGUGGAGUCUCACAGUUCUUGGAAGAUUGAAUCAUAUGAUCUUGUUAACAUAUACUACUAAUUAGAAACAAUUUAAUUCAUUAAACUAUUUAGUGGAUAUAUAUGAUUGGAGUUAAAUGGCAACUCAAAUCAACACGCAAUUUUUGCAGUGAGAAAUAUGGUG